AUGCGCAUUCCGGUAGAUCCGAGCACCAGCCGCAGGUUCAGCCCGCCCUCCAGCAGCCUUCAGCCGGCGGCGGGGAAGAUGAGCGAGGCGCAGCAGGAGCAGAACGCCGCGGUGCCGAGGCUCCGGCAGCACGACAACCGGACGAUGGUGGAGAUCAUCGCGGACCACCCCGCCGAGCUCGUGCGCACGGACAGCCCCAACUUUCUGUGCUCGGUGCUGCCGUCUCACUGGAGGUGCAACAAGACUCUCCCGGUGGCGUUCAAGGUUGUCGCUCUGGGAGACGUUCCUGACGGGACGGUGGUGACGGUGAUGGCAGGAAACGACGAGAACUACUCGGCAGAGCUGCGAAACGCCUCGGCUGUCAUGAAGAAUCAGGUGGCGCGUUUCAACGACCUGAGAUUCGUCGGCAGGAGUGGAAGAGGAAAGAGCUUCACGCUGACAAUCACGGUAUUCACGAACCCGCCGCAAGUGGCCACUUACCACCGAGCCAUAAAGGUCACAGUGGACGGACCUCGGGAGCCGCGAAGACACAGACAGAAACUGGAAGACCCCCCUAAAGCACCGCUGUUCUCCGAGCGCCUGAGCGAGUUAGAGCGUUUACGACAGACCACCAUGAGAGUUGCCGUGCAAACCCAGAGUCCCCGGCCGUCUCUCAACGCCACGCCGAACUCCUUCAAUCCGCAGGGGCAAACUCAGAUCUCAGAUCCGCGGCAGGCGCAGUCCUCUCCGCCCUGGUCCUACGAGCAGCCCUACACUCCUUACCUGAGCCAAAUGACGUCUCCCUCCAUCCACUCCACCACCCCGCUGUCCUCCACCCGCGCCACGGGCCUGCCCUCCAUCAGCGACGUGCCAAGACGCCUCUCAGGUACGUCGGAUCUCAGUCCGUUCUCGGCUGACCCGCGGCAGUUUGAACGUCAAUUUCCCGGGCUGUCCUCGCUCACAGAUUCCCGCUUCCCGAGUCCCAGAAUGCACUAUCCCGCGACCUUCACGUACACCCCUACUCCGGUCACCUCGGGCAUGUCUCUGGGCAUGUCCACCACCACCCACUACCACACCUACCUGCCUCCGCCGUACCCCGGAUCCACCCAGAACCAAAGCGGGCCCUUCCAGACCAGCAGCACGCCGUACCUCUACUACGGUGCCUCGUCCGGGUCCUACCAGUUCUCAAUGGUGCCGGGAGGAGACCGAUCCCCCUCCAGGAUGCUGCCGCCUUGCACUAGCGCAUCCACCGGCAGCACCCUCAUCAACCCCAACCUGCCCAAUCAGACGGACGGAGGCGAGGCGGACGGCAGCCACAGCAGCUCGCCAACCGUUCUCAACUCCAGCGGCAGGAUGGACGAGUCCGUCUGGAGACCAUAUUGAGACGGUCUGGUCAAAACGAGACCUCACGCAGCACUGUUAGCCUUAAAGACAGAGAGCGAGAGAUAAUUGCAUGAAAGAAUCAUCGGAUUUGAAGCACAAACUCAUAGGUACUCAUUGGUACUAUAUUGAAUGGUUGCAGUGUAUUUUUACGACUACACUGAUGUUUUUUAAUUCUAUAAAACAGAUGACCCUUACAGAGAAUGAUUUCAUGGCAUUAUGGUACGAUCAUAUCAGCAAUGGUUAAAGUGCCCCUAUUAUGGCUUAUGAGAGGUUCAUAUUUUGGUUUUGGGAAUCCCAAACAACAGCUUGACAUGCAUCAAGGUAAAAAACACUUUUAUUUUCUUAUAAUAUACGUUUAUUUUUACCUUAUUUUUUUUAACAACUCCCAAACAAUUCGUUCAACAAAAAAAAUGACCUUGGUCUGAAAACGUACCCCUAAUAUAGAUUUUUCUAAAAUUAGCUUUCAUGCAUUGUGUAACACAGCGAAUAAAAGUGAAUGAAAACAUUCUGCAAAGUUUAAAAUCUCCAAAGUGCACCGUAUAUAAAGUUAUUGUCUCUCUCAAAAAAAAGAGUUGACUUAUUUGUCCUCUUGAGUUGGUCUGAAUGAAAAUGCAAAUUCAUUCUUUACCACUAGGUGCCACUUUUGGAACGUUAAAAGCUCACAAACAUUGCUUUAAACGAAAACGAUCGAUCACCAGAGGAGUUUGGAAAAAUAAAUCAUACAAACAAACCAAAUAAGUGUUUUUUUUUUUAACUUGUAUGCAUGUCAACCUGUUGUUUGGAACUCCCAAAACCACAAUAUGAACCUUUCAUAACCCAUAAAAGGGGCACUUUAAGCGAAGUUUCGGCAAAUGUGAACGCACCUUUAGUCUAAUUCAUCAGACAUUCCACUUCAUCAGUGACAUAUAAUGCAAGUCACUGAAUUUAAAGGAAUAGUUCAACCAAAAGUCGUUCCAAACCCGUAUGACUUUCCUCCACAGGACGCAAAAGGAGAUGUUUAGCACAAUGCUGACGCUGCACAUUUAAAUACAACAAAAUCCUGGUGUUCGGGGCUUUUAAACUCCAAAAAGCACCAACUAAGUGGUCCAUAUGACUUGUGAGCUCAUUCAAUAGCUUCGUGCAAAAAACAGACCUAUAAUUAAAAGUAAACGAUGCCUGAACGUCUAUUUUUGGAUGAACUAUCCCUUCUUCUGUCCUUGAGUAAACUUUCAUUGCAAUAGGAAUGCAUCCACACUAUUGGCGCAGAAUAUUUUUUUAUACUAACUCGGUAUAAUUUUGCAUUUCUUAACACUGAAAGCAAUUGUUUUUUUUUUUAUUUAUGCGUGUUAGAAGUCAGCUAUUUGAAACAGUACUGGCUAAUUCCCUCUGAUUAUUUUAAUUUAUGUAUGAAAUGGUAGCAAACGGUACUGAUUCGAGAAGCAAUAUAAGCCAUAUAAACUUUAAAUUAUGCAAUGUGUUUAGAGGGACAAAAUUUAAGACGUUUUGAAUAUUAUUUUGGGGACAUCUAUUAAUAACUUAAUGAAAUAUUUACUCGUUUUGUAAUUUAAAUGUUUUGUUAUUAUUAUUAUUGUUAUUGUAAAGCAACCAAAAAGAACAUCCAAUGAUUUGUAAGCAAUGAAGGAUCUUUUCAUUGUAAGACUAUAUCCACAAUUAAACACUCGUGGGUUUUUCUUAUUUUUCUCAGAAUAAGUUCUCAGUCGGAAAUGUUACAUAUUAAGCAUUAAGAAACGUUUUAGACUGAGUACAUCUGAGCAAGCGACAUCUAUAACAAAAACUAUCAAUAAAUGUACAAAGGUAUGUUGCUAGAGUUGACGUGCCGCACUCUCCACUUGUUUGAUUUUGGUAUCCAAUGUUUAUCUAGUUAAUUUAUUUUAGAUUUAUUUUUAAUUUAAUGUUUUUUGGUGACUACAAGAACGACCAAACUCUUGCAGCAGUGGCCUAAACCUUUGCAUCUUCACAUACAGAUACGAUCAAAUCUCACGCAUGCACUCGCAAUAAUAAAACGACCAGUUUCCGUCUGGUGUGCAGAUAUGAAACCAGUACAAUCGUCAAGCCUUCUGUUCUACAACUGGAUGGUUAACUGCACUUUGUAGGUUAGUUAAACACUAUGCAAACUGUACUACAACAAUCAAACUCAGAAACGUCUCUUUGCUGUGUGCUAAUGUUCUUGAGGUACAAUAUAAUUGAGUACUUCGAUAUUACUGGCAUGUUAGGCAACGUAAUCUUUGGCAAACUUUGGGCUGCAAGACAUUUUACCGAACGGACAAUCAAAUCGAGUAGCCUAAAAUACACAAUGGAUGUUUACCGGAAAAAGUUUAUCAUCUCCAUUUCUAGAAUUUAUUUAUUGGUCAGCAAUCCGAGAUGAGUUGGGAUGAAAUUAUUACUGGCGAGAGAACUCCUGCAAAUAUGUUACCAGUUUUGAAACAGUUAUAUUUGUAAUAAUGCGAUUUUCUUUACACUUUGUAGUUGGCGUCUUUGAAGAAUAAUGUGUAUGUUUUUUGGAUUCAACAACAAGUGGUACUUGAUAGAAUGUUUGUCCAAAUGUAAGUUAAUAGGCUGCUGGCAGCACCCUCCUGAAACAAAUGUCAUUUGUCUUUUUAUUUCCUUUUUUUAUUUGUUUAGAACAAAGCACUUCUUCUUUCGAAGGGAUGUAAAACAAAUGGAGCCCAUGAUGGCAAAAACAAAAACACAGUUGAAUGUCCGGGUUAUAUUUUACUCAAAAAGUCACGUUUAGCAUGAAUAGGUUUUUUUCCGAUUCAAAAAACCAAUUGAAAGGGGAAAAAUUGAACAGAGGAACAAUAAUUGGUCGCGAUAAAUUAAAUUAGCAAAUGAAAUUUAGUUUACUGGCAUAUAAAUAACUUUUAAUGAAUGUAAAUACGCGUUUUGUUAAAUAAUACGAAAAUAAUAAUUCCGAAAGAUCCUGAACAAAUACCAAAUAUGGUUCUAAACGUUAUGCAAAAUAUAAUAUCGUGUUACAUUUUUUUCUUCGUUUUCUGGAAAUAUAACCGGAACAAGCUCAGUUUUGAGAAAGUCGCCCAAAAUUAAUCGAAAUCAUGGCAGAAACAACUAAUUUGAGCUUUUUAAAAAAGCCUCUAUGCGUGUACCACCCUACUAAUUUCUUCUGUACAGUAUUAAACUGCAUUUCUUCGAGUCCGGCAACAAUAACUACACCUACACUGCUGUUCUUAACUGCCCCACUAUUUGAUUUAGCCUUUUCUUUUACCGUGGUGUCUUCUGGUAGUGAGGAGAGCGUUUAUGUUUACAGAAUGUUUACAAAAAGCUGCAAGCAGGUAACUGCAAAUGUAAAGAACCUCUGCACUGUUAACUUUGUAUGAAUCCGUGUUUAAUUGCUUCAAUAUGCCUGAUAAUACAAGAACAACAUUGGUCUGUCUUAAUCGAACAUGUCACAGGGCCAAAUAUUUAUAUGCUUUUGGGCUAUGGACUAUGUUUUUCAUUGACCCUUUUGUAUGUAGUACCCUAGCGAGAGUCGGUUUUAUGGGUCAAUAGCAGAGAUUCCUUCCGUGAGACUUUUAUCUUCGUUCUAUAGCAUUGAGAUUUCACUCACAUACAGAGAGUUUUGGGCUUCUCCUUAUUCGCUAAUUUCAUUUACAUUGCAAGUAUGCAAGGUCAAAUUAACACAUGAAGAAAACCAAAUGCUUCCGAGGCGUCUCUUGCGUCUCUCAUCGUCGUUUCUAAACUUUUAACUAAAGUGUUUUGCAUUGAAACCCUGGAAAUCCUGCUAUCGUUUUGAUUGAACACGAUCCUUGGUUUGUAAACGAUGGGAGAGCGCGUUAUCUCAUUUGCGUCGCGCAUUACUUCCUUGCACAUACUGUACAGAUGUUUCAGUUUCGACAAUCUUUCGUCCUGUUUCAUCCAUAAAGUUUGUGAAACUUUAACCUGUUUGUAUGGGACUAACAAUCCAGUAAAAAAUUGUGAGAUUUUUGAGCAUUUCUGAUGAUUGUAUCAUUUGUCUUUGAGAAUAAAAAUGGCUUUUUGUUAUAA